UAGCAACAAUGGAGCUACAAGGAAUCUCAGUAUACCCAGGAAAGAAAGUAUGCACUAAAGAAGGAGGAGAAGGUGUCGGAAAAACUUCAGAUUAUAUCCCAGGAGCUAAUGUGUUUGAGAAAGGAGAUAAUAUCGUCUCUUCUGUUAUUGGUACAGUGAUGAUCGAGAAUACUGCAUCCCACCAAAAGAGCAUCAGCGUUCUUCCAAAGUUCAAGGAAAUAGAUAUCUUGAGUAUUGAUGACAUUGUCUACUGAGAAGUCCUGAAAGUUGAGUUUAGAAAUGUCAGAUGCAAAGUUAUUGCUACUGAUACUAAGGUGUUUGAUGUUCUUAUUGAAGCAACUUUAAUGAAAGAGAACUCCAACUCUUACGACUUUGAGCACAUCAAUCUGAACGAAAUGUUUAGACCUAAGGAUAUCAUUAAGGCAAAAGUUAUUUCUGUAAAGAGAGCUAAGGGAAAUUCUGUUGUAGCUAUUUCUACUGCUGACACAGAUCUAGGAGUAAUCUGUGCUGUCAGUGAGCUUAGUGAAGUGCUGAUGGUCCCCAAAAGUUGGAAAGAAUUCCAGUGCCCUAAAACCAACUUGAAAGAGAAGAGAAAAGUUGCUAAACCCGAUUAUUUUGAUUAGA